UCAUUUUCUCUACAUCACAUUAUCAAGAGUCAUCAAGAACUUGCACAAAAAAAAUAAAUUAUAACAAAUAUUUCCCAAGAUUUUAAUUCCUAUGGCAAACAAUUUGAAUAACUUCCAAUUCCCAUAUUUCCCUACCCAUCCACCACCCCCUCCUCUUCAUCCCAUUUCUCCACCACCUCACCCCUACUCUCCUCCUCCACCACCACCACCACCAUCACCACCUCACAAUUACAUCAUAAUAGUAUUCGUUUUCUCGACGUUUGGUUGCAUUUUACUUGGCCUAGCUAUUCUUGCUUUCUGCUCAUGCUUCUUGAAGAAAAAGAAGAAGAGUACAAUGAUAGUUGAAGAGAAAGAAGUGAAACACAUUGAUGAUCAUGUUAAAAUAAAGGAAGCAAUUGUUGAAGGACCUCAUGGGAAACUUGAGACAAUAGUACUCUCAAUUGAAGAAGAUUUGCAUGAAAAGGAUGAUAUUAUAAUAAGGACAAAAAAGGAAUUAGAAGAAGUUCAUCAUCAUAACUUAUUGCAUGCUAAUAACAAAUCAUCACAAAUUACAACUUCUGCUCUUGAAAAUAGCCAUGUAUAGUCCCUCAACAACAUCUUAAUAUUGUUAUAUAUAUUAACAAUUGCCUUAUCAAAGGCUAAUGGUUGAUCAUUUAAUUCUAUCAAAAGUAUUGUGUACAUGCAACAUACUUUAAUUUUUCUGAACGUUAUGUGACUUCGUAUU